GGCUCCUGAGGGGGGAGGCGGGAAGUGCCCUGAGUUUGAAAUCGAAAAUUUGGCGCUACUCUAGUAACUGGGUCUGGGGAUCUGCUGGGAGCUGGAAGUCGCACUGGUUUUGAGGGAAGGGAACUGAGCUCAGGACUGUCAUCCGGGGUGACGAAGGUGGGAGCCUGGCUGGGCUCUUCGACUUGUCUGCUGUAAUAGGGGAAAUGUCUUGCACAGUGGUAGAGGAUGAACUGGCACUCUUCGAUAAAAGCAUAAAUGAAUUUGGAAAUAAGUUCAAAAACACUCUUAGUGACACCCCCUGUCAGAUGGCGGGGCUAAGAGAUGCCUAUAAGGACUCCAUUAAAGCCCUGGCAGAAAAGCUGUCUGUGAAAUUAAAGGAAGAAGAACGAAUGGUUGAGAUGUUUCUGGAAUAUCAAAAUCAGGUCUGCAAGCAGAAUAAGCUGAUUCAAGAAAAGAAAGAUAAUCUUUUAAAGUUGAUUGCUGAAGUAAAAGACAAAAAGCAGGAACUGGAAGUCCUAACUGCAAAUAUUCAGGAUCUUAAAGAAGAAUAUUCUAGGAAGAAGGAAACUAUUUCCACUGCUAACAAAGCUAAUGAAGAAAGGUUGAAAAGGCUGCAGAAGUCAGCAGACUUGUAUAAAGAUCGACUUGGACUAGAAAUUAGAAAAAUUUAUGGGGAUAAAUUACAGUUUAUAUUCACUAAUAUUGACCCUAAACAUCCUGAAAACCCUUUUAUGUUUUCCCUGCAUCUGAAUGAAGCAGGGGAUUAUGAAGUGUCAGAUAGUGCUCCUCAUCUUGAGUGCCUAGCAGAAUUCCAAGAGAAUGUAAGGAAGACCAACAAUUUUUCAGCUUUUCUUGCCAAUGUUCGGAAAGCUUUUACUGCUAUGGUUUAUAAUUAAUGUAUAAAUAGUGCCUAAAAAUAGUUUGUUUUUCUUUCCUAUUGUGUAUCUCUUUAUAAAAGGAUUCUUGUCUUUGGUGUUUUUAUGAUGUUUCUAUGUGGUAUGAAGCAAAGCAGAAUGCAUCACCCAAAUAUGUCUCUCUGACACAAAUAUUUUGAGCUGAAGACAAUUAAGCAGCAGCAGAGUCAGGGAAGCUCUGCCUUCCCCGUUUGCCUGAAGGCAGGGGAUAACACUGUAAAGCUGUCCCAUCUCCCAGGUCUACAAGGAAGGAAAGAAGUUAAUCACUGAAGAGAACUCUUGUUAGCUCAGCUGCGGCACUGGCACCGGGGGACUCUCCAGACAAGCUUGCUUCCAUCAUUCACUCCCGUAAACCUGUAAACUUACCUUCCCACAGUUCUCCACAUCUGGGGGAUAAAGCUGCUCUCCUUUGUCUUGUGACUUUCUGAAAACCUUACUGUUCUUUGUGAGCCUACUGCUCUGAGUUACCUUUUACUGGGUGUCUCCCGUUUGAUGUGCACUGCAUGCGUUAAUAAAUAGCUUGUUUUUCUCAUGUUAA